AUCUCCAUUGAAACGUGCACACGGCGACAGCGUGACGAGUUAUCAGAGCUGGACAGAGAGAUAGGAGUGACUCUAUCCAAUGGCAACGGUACCUGCUGGGUCAGUCUUUGUUAACGACUAUCUCAGUGAAGGAGUAGAAGCGCCAGACGUGUAUCGGCUCAAGUGUCAGAAGAUGCCGUCCAAAAAAUACAUCAUUGGAGUGUGCGAAACGCUGGAUUGGCGACCCGUGCAAUUUGUAGACCUGCCUCCGACUCAGUCUUGCAGUUUAUGCAACGUUGUUCCGCGUAAGACGUAUGUUCUACGAUGUUCCCACGCAUUAUGCGAAAUCUGCUACGAUGGUCUACUCAAGAGUGGUCGAAGUUGUCCUCUGGACAACGAAUGCUUCGACGAAAGUUGUGUACAAAUGUUAAAGGUUGACAGACGUUACGUUGAAACGCAGAUAAUAUUGUGCAUGAAUUCCAAGGAUGGGUGUGGUUUCGUUGGAACGGUAGAAGAAAUGAAGCAUCAUUUCCUGAAAGAGUGCAAUUUCCAAGCUGUCACGUGCAAGCUUUGCAAUGCCAAGGUGCUUCGUCGGCAGAUUGUCAACCAUUACACGCAACGCUGCCAACGCAGGAAGUAUUUGCCUGGUGAGGAUUAUUUCCAUGGUGAUCUUGUCGAGUUCCAGAAGGAGACGUUGGCCUCAGUAAGAAAAAACGGAGAGAAGAUGACUUUAAUGGAACAGCAGCUGAAGAGAAUUCUCGAGAAACAGGAACACUUAGACACUACACUGAGCCACGUUGGAAGGGAGUUCCAUGAGCAAGUGCGACAGCAAUCGAGAAUCUCCGACGAGGCUGUGAACAGGACACUGGAAACGUCGUUGGGAGAUGUGAACACGAACUUGUCGAAAGUUCUCGAGAAACAAGAUUGUGCAGCUGCUGAGCUGAGCAAUGUCGCCAAACAGUUUCAUUACCACAACGAGGAACAGGCAAACGUUUACAGUGAGGUUACGAAGACAGGCAUUGUACUAGAAAGACUGGUGCAAGAUACUCACAAGAACUUUUCUGCAGUCACUGAAAAGGUUAUCAACUUGUCCUCGGAUAUUGGAAGGACGAAGGAAUGCGUAGAGUCGAAUUCAAGUGAUGUGUCUCGAUGUCUUCAGUGCGUUAGAGAUAGCAUAGCCGAUGUGUCCUGUAUGUUGGCACGGCUAGACGACGGUCACGAAAACCUGGAGAACAUAAAACGAGACCUACAUGUGUUACUGCAGCAUUCAGAGGAGGCGAUGAAGUUUAUCAACAUGGAUACGGAAGCGAAGGAAAUGAAACCAAUGGCGAGGGUAGUUCUCGACAUCAACCAGAAAAUGAAAUCUAUGGAAGAAGCUACGAGUAGUCUACAUCUUGUCUGGUUGUCUGAGUCUAACGAAGUUUCCCGUCAGAUACAAGGAUUUUCAGAGUUUCGAAAGGAAGGAGAAGGAGAGAUGGCCGAAUGUCGUUCUGAUGGUUUCGUUUUCUGUGGAUACUCUGUGACGUUACAAGUAGACAUCAAGAAACGAGAUGGCGUCCUUUACCUCGGUUUGUAUUUGAUCAUUUGUCAGAGCUGGAGGGAUUCUCUUUUGAAGUAGCCAUUCUCCAUUCCUUACACCCUUAUAUUGGAUCAUCCAACGGACAAGAUGAAGAAUAUUGAAUACUCUGUAAAAGACUUUAGUGCUCCCCACAAGCUUGAGCGUAAUAGUUUCUUCAGGCCGACUACAUCUUUUAACGUUGGAUUUGGUACACGUAAACUUUGCAAAGUGAAAGACAUGGAAGGUGGCGGAUUCAUAAUUGAUGAUUCAUUCUGCGUUGGUGUCAAAGUUUGUCAAACACCGUAACCGCUGGUACACUUCCGGCAUGGGGAACACACGAAUAAACAAGGAAGAGAGCACGCUCCAAUCAAUCUCUCCUUUUCUUCUUCUUCUUUUUUUGCUGCCAACGUCAACAUCACAGUAAGCUCCUGUGACGUCAGCGUAUCCAACUUCAUCAAACAUUUAUUUAUUUAUUUAUUUAUUUAUUUACUCCUCAAGGCCCGAAGGCAUUACAGAGGGGAGUGGGUUAUUACACACAAACACAAUAUACAAAGAUAAUAAAUACAGGUCAGAAUAAGCACAACAGUACAGAAAAUACAAAAGCAAUUAGAUGAAUAACACUAAAAUAAGUCACAUAAUUCACAAUGAACAACAUAAAUAACAAAAAGUAACAUUGCUAUGCAGUACACCAUAAAUAUCACAAUCAAUUAGAACACUCUAGUAAAGUAAUUAGUGCAGCAUUGAACUUUGAAUGGUCAUAUAUGUGAGUGAUGUUACCUGGAAGGCGGUUCCACUCUUCCGAUGUGCGGGGAAUGAAAGAAUGAGAACAGGCAGAUGGGUAUGGCAGGGAGCAAUGCCAACUUUGUGUUGAUGAUCUAAGCGAGAUGAAACAUAGGAAGGAGGCGGUAACAACUGAGCGCGUAGCGCAGGAAUCUGAUGGUAAACUUUGUGAAAUAAUGAUAGACGAGCAAGUUUACGCCGAGAGGCUAGUGAGGGAAGUGAUAAUGACUCUUUCAUAAUGGUGACACUAGCAGCACGGCAAUAGUUGUGUGUAAUGAAACGUGCGGCAUUAUUUUGUAUGAGCUCGAUUGAAAUGAUCAAAGAAUUAGAAGAGGGGUCCCAUAUGGACGCAGCGUAUUCUAGUUUAGGCCGGACUAGUGUUUUAUAAAGUAACAGUUUUAGUGAACGAGGAGCUGCGGAAAAAUUCCGCCGUAAGUAGCCUAAAGUACGGUUAGCGUUGUUAAUAACGGAAUUAAUAUGGAGCGACCAGGUAAGAGAGGAAGUAAUGUGGACACCGAGGUACUUAUAUGACGAAACAUGAUCAAGGGCGGUGUUGUACAAGUAAUAAGAUGGAACAGGGGUAUGUGAACGAGAUACGCGCAGCAACUUGCAUUUGUUAACAUUUAAAUCCAUCUUCCACGUGUUACACCAAUCCAUAAUUUUUGUUAGAUUGCGCUGUAGCAUGUUAACGUCAUUGUCGCAUAUUACUUCCCGAAAAAUGACACAAUCGUCGGCGAACAGAUGAAUAUCACAAGAGACAUGGGUAGUCAGAUCGUUAAUGUAUAUUAAGAAGAGGAGGGGCCCUAGGACGGAACCCUGGGGAACGCCAGAGUGAACUGCAGAAAGAGGAGAGCCAUGAUUGUUAGCAUAAACGAACUGCGAACGGUUAGAAAGAAAAUGUUCCAGCCAUGUUAAAAGAUUCGGGUCAAUAUUUAGUUUGCUCAAUUUAAGCAGCAGAAAUUUGUGGCACACCUUCUCGAACGCUUUGGACAUAUCUAGAAAAAUACAAUCAGCACAGGAGCGACGGUCUAAUAUGAGGUGUAAUUUGUGAGUAAAUGAAAGAAGCUGCGUUUCGUAGGAGAGGGUCUUGCGGAAGCCAUGCUGUGCAAAUGAAAAGAAGGAGUUAUUUUCGAGGAAGGAUGCUAAAUGAGAACAUAGCACAUGUUCUAAUAUUUUGCAGGGAAUGCUGGUGAGAGAUAUGGGGCGAUAGUUAUAUGGUGAAGCUCUACAACCAGACUUAUGAAGUGGAACCACCUUCCCCACCUUCCAGUCGUUAGGCAAAGUACCAGUGUGAAGUGAUUGUUCGAAAAGUUUUGUGAAAAUAACAGCGUAAUACUGCGCAGUGCUCUUUAAAAACUUGCUGUUAAUAAGGUCAACACCAUAGCUCGAGGAUGUCUUUAAAGAUUCAAUUAUUUUA